AGUGGUGCCGCUAGGCGCGCUGGCAGCUCGGAGAGACGCGGGUGGGGGCUGUGGCGGCAGUCCCCCGAGCAGCCUCUCUUCUCCCCGCUGCAGCCGCGCGGUCCCGAACAAAGGGUCGGGGCGCGCUCCGCCGCUGCAGGAGGGCGCGUAGACAACGGCUGUCGUGGAGGCCUCUACCCCCACCCCUUCCCGGGGGGAGGCGCCCGGCGCGGCGCGGGGACCUACUCGGUGGGCAGCCGCCGGGGAUUGGCUCUGCCGGGUGCGAGCCGAAGGUGCUGGGGGAAGGCGCAGCGCAGGCGGUUUCGUCCGCUUUGCGUGGGGGAGGCGAGGGGGAGCUCUCUCUUGCGGGUGGCUGAGGGAUUUUUUUUUUCUUUUUUUUUUUUUCUCCUUUUGAUGGGCUUAUGGCCGCGGCAGCGGGGCUGUGAUGUCCCUGGGAGAAGCCUCGCUGCUGCAAUGUCUCCUGCAGCAGCCCUAGCGAGGGGAGGCGUUUGAGCGGUAGCCGCGCAACCCUCGCCGCGGCAGCGCUGCCGCCUUCCCCGCUCUCCCCGCCGCCCGUGCCCGGACCAGUGGGAGAAGGGCCUCUCCGCGCGCGUAGCGCCGUCCUCCCUUGCCCACCAGCAGCAAAUCCACCAAGCAGGGCUUUAAAUUAAUAAUCAUAGUAAUAGAGCCCCGCCAGCCCGUAAAGGCGAGAGGGAGAGCAGAGCCGCGCACAACAUGGCCACUCUGCUGCGGAAAAUCGGGCUGAUCCGGCUGCACAACCGGGAUACGGAGGACCCUAAGCACCACCACCACCAUCGCAGCAGCAGCCAGCAGGGCUCCUCGCUGAAGGCCAGGGGGAACCAGAAGAACUGCAGCAACAAACCGCAGCCACAAGCUCCCCCGGGGGGGGGCGGCGGCGGCGGCUGCAGCAGCAGCAGCAGCAGCAGCGAGAGCAGCCCCGGGGGCCACAAGAACAAGAAGGCGCCGGAGCUCGCCAAGCAGCUCCCGCAGCCGCGCUCAAGCGGCGGCCGGGAGAAGCCGCGGGAGGCGGCCAGGGAGCCCGGCGCCGGUAAGGAGGCGGCUCAGCGGCCUGGCCCUGGCCUCAGUUCCGGGUGCGGGUCGGGUCCGGCGGCGCUGGUGCCGCUGCCGUCGGGGUCGGGGCCGCUGGCGUCCGCAGGCCGGCAGCAACACUGCACGCAGGUGCGGACCCGGCGGCUGAUGAAGGAGCUUCAGGACAUCGCGCGGCUCAGCGACCGCUUCAUCUCGGUAGAGCUGGUUGACGAGAGCCUCUUCGACUGGAACGUGAAGCUGCACCAGGUGGACAAGGACUCAGUGCUGUGGCAGGACAUGAAGGAGACCAACACGGAGUACAUCCUGCUCAACCUCACCUUCCCUGACAAUUUCCCCUUCUCGCCACCCUUCAUGAGAGUGCUCAGCCCACGCCUGGAGAACGGCUAUGUCCUGGAUGGCGGAGCUAUCUGCAUGGAGCUGCUCACUCCCCGUGGCUGGUCCAGUGCCUACACCGUGGAGGCCGUCAUGAGGCAGUUUGCAGCCAGCCUCGUCAAGGGGCAGGGCCGUAUCUGCAGAAAAGCUGGCAAAUCAAAAAAGUCAUUCAGUCGAAAGGAAGCUGAAGCAACAUUUAAGAGUUUGGUGAAGACCCAUGAAAAAUAUGGAUGGGUCACCCCACCUGUCUCCGAUGGCUGAUGUUAGCAACCUGCACUUGGCAAAAAUGCUGAACAAAAGUACUGUGACAUCUCCUCAGCGCUGUACACCACCCAUCCUUUUAUACUUCAGCUUCAGUUGCAUACCAUGAAUGUCAAGGAGACAUCUAAGUUAUUUAUGAAAAGAUGUGUUUAUAGAGGGAGAGAAAAAAGAUGCUAUGUAGGAUUAUAUUUCAAGAGUGGAGAAUGGUCAUCAUUGAAGUCACUUGAGCAGAUGCUGAGAUUGCGUCAUUUGCCCCCAUACAGCACACAUUGUCUUCAGCUUCUUUCCAUGACAGCAGCACCAAACAGCAGUACUGGAAAGUCUAUCCAUUACUGCUCAGUUCAUUUAAAUGUAAAUGAAACAGUUAAUAUUUAAUAGGGAAGCAGUGCAUUGCAGGUACAUGUUUGCUGUGCUGUUUAUCUUUGUCUCCUAGCAGGUCAACAUAACUUGAAGAUUUGUCUUUAUGUGGAACUGUGGUCUGCUGUGACUAAAUUUAGACCUCAUUUGUGCUCUAUAUAUGACCUUUAAUUCAUAAAUGAAAACAGAAUUAAAAUGCUGAAAGGUCCUAGUGUUGAAAAAUUAAGUGGAGUCAGCCAACCGGUUACAAUGUGCUAUCUAUGCUGAUAUUGUGAUGUGCUCUUCAGAAAUAAUCCAGUGCAGUUAGCUGAAGGUUAGGUGGUAUUUUUAAACACAUCCACCGCAGGGCUCGGAGUGGUUGGUUGGUGGUAGCAGAACCAUUAUUACCCUCCUGGUACCUUCUGCAGUAGCAUGUGGCCUGUCAGUUCUUCAAAAUGGCAAAACAAACAAAUAGAAAUGGACAAAACAACCUUACAAGUUAUCUGUUUCGUUUUAAAAUGAUAUGCCAGUAACACUGAAAAUGAAAUUUCAAGUCAAAUGGAACGUGGUUUGAAAGAUGAUUUGCAUGACUGGAAUCUUUUUUUAUUUUCAUUUAAUAGACCUUGUAUGUACUUAGAGCCCUGUAUCUGAGAAAACCCACUGAUGUAUAUAAAUGUCCUGUUAUUUAAUUGUUAAGAUUUAAAUUUUCUGGUAACAAACUGAAAAAAAAAUUUCUAAGGGACUACAUGAAAGCUGAAGGUACUGUUUAAAAUGGUAUAAGAAAAGCAUUAAAAAAUGUGGAUUCCAAAUGGAAAAUCAUAUUGGACACAUGUUGAAUAAAAUCACCAGUAUCA